GUUUGUUUUGUUUUGGUUACGGGAGAAAUUAUUUUCGCAAUACUUGGAGCGUAUCAACCAAUACCAGGAGCAAUGGGAAAAAGUAAGAAGCAGCUACGAGAGCAAUACGCUGCCACCGAGGCAGCAAAGGCCAACAAUGUACAGUUAGAGACCUGCAACGAUGCCUACACAUCGGGUGCUUUUAAGUACCUCCGUUUUUUGGUUCAUUUGUUGGCCGCCGCUCAGUUUUCGUAUGGAAUUUAUUAUCAUUAUUUUAAUGUGCACUGGCCCAAAGGGCUGCACGAGGAAGAUGAACUGAAGACGCGCUGGGGCGGAAAGUUUAAGUAUUUGACAUUCCUCGAUGUUAUCAUUCAGGCCAUUUAUCAUACACUGGCCCUACUAAACGAUCUAUUCGGUGAUAAUACGCUAAAUACCGCGUCCAAGUCAAAGUUGCGAAUUAUACGGGACUAUAUAUUCGCCGCGUUCGCCUUUCCUGUGGCGCAUAAUGUUUGCAUUUCCUUUUGGGUCAUCUAUAUAUGGGAUCGUGAGCUGAUUUUCCCUACGGCUCUUGAUGCCAUUUUUCCAAGCUGGCUGAAUCAUGUAGUCCACACUAAUGUUGCCUUGUUGGCAAUUAUGGAUUUGUUCACCUGCUUCCGGCGCUACCCCAGCCGCUUGGCCGGCAUCACUGGCAAUGUUAGCUUCAUGCUCCUCUACAUCAUUUGGAUGCACAUUGUGCGGUAUUUUAGUGGCCAGUGGGUCUAUCCGCUGCUUGAGCCACUUAGUAUGCCAAUGCGUUAUUUGAUGCUAGUGGCUUUGCUGGGCUUCAAUUUGUUUUGCUAUUUACUUGGUGAGGUGAUCAAUAGCAUUGUCUGGGAACCAGAAUUUAAGCUCCUCAAGCAGCAGAAGAUCAAGCAGAGCUAAAUAUGAUUUAUGAAAUGAAAAGAGCGCAUUUCUAGGAGUUUUUCCCCAUUAAUUUCUUGGGGGUUUUCCCAUUUUUAAAAGAAUUUGGUGAGAAUAAGCAUUCCUAUAUUUUUUAAUUAAUGCUCUUGAACGAAUUACUCAAUAUCUAGGAAAAUUGUGCCAACAAUUUGUGUAAAAAAAACUGACCAUUGUUAAAAAUAAUUAUUAAAUAACUAUUCCUUUUAAUGUUGAUAUUUCAAGAAAUGGAAAUUGGAAAGCAUAUUUUACAAAAGUUAAUUACACAAUUGCCAGAUUUGUAGUGGAAGAAUUUCAAGUCGGUCACGUGGAAUUUCAGUUAAAUACUCUGGAUGUUGGUGGGAUGGGUUUUAAGGAUUUAAAAUCGAUUUAUUAGUUACAAAAUGUUAAAAAUGUAAACUUAACUCUAUUAAAAAUGAUAUAUAUUUAUAUAUACCUUAAAUUAGUUACAAAAUGUUAACUGUAAAAUCAGCAUGCAGGCACUUGUAAUAGGUACGAUAUAUAGUAUCUCGUACAUAACUUAUUCGAUAAUCGAUGUCCUUGUUGGCCCAUUGGAGUUCGGUACAAAGUUAUAAUUAAAUACGUCUAAAGUCUAGUUUAAGGAAACAGUCAUGUACACUUUAAAUGCUAGAUCCAAAUAAUGGAGCGAUGUGGUAUAUUUUUGUUGAUGUAUGUGUGUAUGUUUGUUUACUUAUUGUGAGCAUUCAUGGACUUAAUGGCUAUGAGUAUUUUGAUGCACGGAAAUAAAUGGAAGGGUUUGAGCUUUUAAGUAAAUGCA